AACAGCGGGUUUUGUUUGGGAAAUGAUGCACGUGCAUGGGUUUUGCUCGCUUCUGUCAACGGCAGGAUGGUUGUUCUUAGAGACGAAAUAAUGAAUUUUAUAGGUUAAAAUAUAGCGAUUUAUCUUUACAGAAACGUGGUGGCGUUUGCUAUCAUGAUGACAGAUAGUACGUGACAGUGACAAGUUAGCUAGAAGCCUCAUAAUAGCUAUAAUGUGUUAAUAAAGCCGAGAAACAUGUUCAUACAGUAAUGGCCGUUCUCUCGUCUUUGCUUUGUUCAUCUGCUCGCCUCUUUUCACAACCCCGGUUACGAUUUUGGGAGCUCACCGUGUGCAAGCGGACAACAUGGCCGUCACUGCCAGUCCAACGGUGCUACACGUCGGACACUUCAGAAUCAUCAGUGGAUCAUCUAAGUGCUGGACUUGAGAGGUACAAGCACUUGCAGAAGUAUUUUAACAGGAGACUGAAGGCAACAUACCACCAGUUUUCCAGCAUACCUGAUCACUCAAUGGUCUGCGGACUUCACCACGUUUACUUCAUUGAAGGGGAUGGCAUCUACAGAAUGGACAAGAGACAGAGUGAGCUGGACCCAGAGCAGGUGCUAAAUCUAGCACAAGUCUCUGAAGAGAAGGAUAAGACAGGACGUGAUAAUGAAGAGAGGAAACGGAGGUGUCAGGGGUGGACUGUUCAGAGAAUACGUCUUUCCCCACAGGAAAAGCAUCUUGCUGCCACACUAAAAACUAAUCACAGAGAAGAGCUGAGGUGUGUGGUUGUGAGGCUUGGAAGCUCCCCUCCUCUGGAUUCUCCAAAUGUCAUAUUCACACUUGACAAAGUCUUCAGCUUUGAGUGGGCCACAGACAACAUCCUGUUUUACACGACUCUGGAGGAUCUACGCUGCAGCAGAGUGUUUCGUCUAAACCUAACCUCCUGUGGAAGCAGGAUCAGCUCUGUGUACCAGGAAACGCAUCCUGACGUGUUUGUAGAGGUUUCCCUUUCCAGAGACCGACAGAUACUAAGCAUCAACUGCAGCAGCAGGACCAGUUCAGAGGUGCUGCUUAUUGAUACAGCAUCAUCCAAUCUCGAGCCUUUCCUGGUUCAGCCACGCCAGCUAGACCUCUUGUACCACGUAGAGCACUGGAGAAGGUGGCUGAUUAUACUGGCUAAUACAGGGCCUGGACAGGAAUAUCAGGUGGUUCAGGCCCCUCUCUCAGAGCCAUCCAUGGCUUCCUGGGUGCCCUUGUUAGCCCCGGGCACUGGCACUGCAAUCAAGGACAUGGACGUGGUUGGAGACCACUGUGUGUUGGUUGCAAGAACACCAGCCAGUGAACUCGCCCUGAUCGUUGUUCCACUGACCCAUCCUGAGGAAGCAUACACUGUACAGCUCCCCUCCUGGGCCUGUGCCGUCCAAACCAAGAAACCAGACUUGGCAGAUCAACGCAGUGUGUUCGAGUUCUUGAUCUCAUCUCCUGUACACCUGCCAGUGUCCUUCUGUCUACACCCCGAGGAUGGGCUACUUUUAUCAGACACCGAAGAAAGGUCCUCCCCAGAGAACCAGGGCAAUUAUACCACCACACGCUUGGAGGCCUGCAGCCAAGAUGGUACCUUGGUGCCAAUGACACUGUUUCAUACAGUGCCUGUGGAGGGUUUGAGACAGGCGCCACUGCUGGUCCAUGUCUACGGAGCUUAUGGCAGAGAUCUCAACAUGGAGUUCUGCCCAGAGAAAAGGCUGCUGCUGGAGCAAGGCUGGGCUCUGGCCUACUGCCACAUCAGAGGUGGAGGGGAGCUGGGUCUGUCCUGGCAAAGACAAGCUCGUGUGGAGGGGAAACACAGAGGAGUGGAGGACCUCAAAGCAUGUGUCCAUCACCUUUUCUCUUCAGGAGUCUCCUCUCCUGCACUCACUGCCCUUACAGCCUGCAGUGCUGGGGCUGUGCCAGUAGGUGUGCUGUGCAAUGAACACCCACACAUGAUGCAGGCUGUCAUACUGCAUGCUCCAUUCCUGGAUGUGUUGGGAACUAUGGAGGAUCCCAGCCUGCCUCUGACUUUGGAGGAUAGAGAGGAAUGGGGGGACCCAGCAGGAAACCCAAAACACAGACUCACCAUCUCCUCCUACUGUCCCCUUCACAACAUUACUCCUCAGUGCUACCCAUCGAUGCUGCUGACAGCCUACAGCGAUGAUGCCAGGGUUCCUCUGUCUGGUGUCCUCAAAUACGCUGAGAAGUUAAAGAAAGCCAUUUAUACACACUUCACCGUGAAGCCAAAGUCAGAAUGUGAGCCAGCACCAAACAUAGUUCUGAAUAUCCAAUCUGGAGCAAAUCACCUCGGACCAGAGGACUUUGAGAUGAUGCUAGAGGAGGAGGCACUCAAGCUAUCAUUUCUAUACAUGGAGCUGGGCCUGGACCCUCGUCAGCCGCUACGAAGAAGAAGGAAGAGAUAAUGAAACCACUCCGGAAUCAAAGGACUAUGACCCAGAUAUCUACAAUUACAGCCAAAAUGACU